AGAAUAAAGGGUUAGGAAGUGAAAGUGAAAGUCGGUCUCCAUUUUGUGUGGAGGGGAAAAUACACCAUUUCAGGAGUAAAAACACAGGUUUGAUUUAACACACCGAUGUUGGAGUGAAGUAAACGUGUGUCCUGCUGUAAUCUGGAGAAGGAGACAUGACCUCCAACAUGAGUGUGUCUGGAGAACAGGACUUAAAGAGAGACGAGAGAAUGAUGGAGGGAAAGAGAUCAGACUCACCAGAACCCAGCUGUGUGUCCAUGAAGAGUGACGCGUCAAUGGGACAGCCAUUUACCUUCAGAGACGGAGCCAGUUCUGCUGAUGUGAGACCACAACAGAAGAAAUCAAACAUCAGCAGAAAUCAGUUGGACUCCAUAUUCAAGGAGCUGGAACACAAGGUCAUCACUCUGAUAAAGAAUGAGCUGAAGAGGUUUAGGAAGCUCCUGGGUACAGAUUACCCAGCAUGCACUGAGAGGGAGGUGCAGGAUGAGGAGGAUCUGCACAGUGUCAGAGACGGAGCGCUGAAGAUCACACUGCACGUCCUGAAGAACAUGAACCACACAGAUCUCGCUAACACGCUGCACAACAAGUCUGUGGCCUCUGUGUAUCAGACAAAGCUGAAAUCCAGCCUGAGAGAGAAGUUUAAAAGAAUUAAUGAAGGAAUCUCACAGCAUGGAAGCUCAGCACUUCUGAAUGAGAUCUAUACAGAGCUCUACAUCACAGAGGGUUGGAGUGGAGAUGUCAAUAAUGAACAUGAGGUGAGACAGAUUGAGACAGCGUCCAGGAGACCAGCAACACAGGAGACACCCAUCAAAUGUAAUGAUCUCUUUAAAGUCAAGUCCAUCAGAAGUGUGCUGACUAAAGGAGUUGCUGGAAUUGGAAAAACAGUCUCUGUGCAGAAGUUCAUUCUGGACUGGGCUGAAGGAAAAGCAAAUCAGGACGUCACCUUCAUGUUUCCACUUCCCUUUAGAGAGCUGAAUCUGAUGAAGAAGGAACAUCUCAGUCUGAUGGAUCUUCUUCAUCAUUUUUUCCCUGAAAUAAGAAAACUACAAUUAAUAGACUCCUACAAAGUGGUGUUGAUCUUUGAUGGUCUGGAUGAGUGUCGACUUCCUCUAAAUUUCCAGAAGAAUGAGAGAUUGUGUGAUGUGACAGAGUCAGCCUCAGUGGAUGUGCUGCUGACGAACCUCAUCAAGGGGAAUCUGCUUCCCUCUGCUCUCCUCUGGAUAACCUCUCGACCAGGAGCAGCCAGUCAGAUCCCUCCUGACUGUGUAGACCAGGUAACAGAGGUACGAGGGUUCAGUGAUCCUCAGAAAGAGGAGUACUUCAGGAAGAGGAUCAGUGAUCAGAGCCUAGCCAAUAAAAUCAUCAGACACAUGCAGUCUUCAAGAAGCCUCUACAUCAUGUGCCACAUCCCAGUCUUCUGCUGGAUCUCAGCCACUGUUCUAGAGAGAAUGUUGGGUGAAGCAGAGAGUGGAGAGAUCCCCAAGACUCUGACUCAAAUGUUCACACACUUCCUGAUCUUUCAGAUCAAACACAAGGACCAAAAGUACCAUCAGAAAUGUGACCCUGAUCCUCAGCAGACCAGAGAGAGUAUCCUGGCACUGGGAAAACUGGCUUUCCAACAGCUGGAGAAAGGAAACCUGAUCUUCUAUGAGGAAGACCUGAGAGAGUGUGGCAUUGAUGUGAGAGAAGUGUCGGUGUACUCAGGAGUGUGUACCCAAAUCUUCAGAGAGGAGUUUGGGCUUCACCUGGGGAAGGUGUUCAGCUUUGUACAUCUGAGUGUUCAGGAGUUUCUGGCUGCUUUAUAUGCAUUUUUCUGCUUUAUUUUUAGAAAGACAAAUGUGUUAGUGGAACAAAGCACUAGACUUUUCAAUUUCUUCAGAAAGUCAGACAUGUCUGAUCUCCUCAGGAGCGCAGUGGACAAGGCCCUACAGAGUGAGAACGGACACCUGGACCUGUUCCUCCGCUUCCUUCUGGGUCUCUCACUGGAGUCCAAUCAGACUCUCUUACGAGGCUUAAUGCCACAGACAGGAAGCAGCUCUCACAGCAAACAGGAAACAGUCGAGUACAUCAAGGAGAAGAUCAGGGAGAAUCCAUCUCCAGAGAAAUCCAUCAAUCUGUUCCACUGUCUGAAUGAACUGAAUGAUCAUUCCCUAGUGCAGGAAGUACAGACUUACCUGAACAGAAGAGAUUACAGUCGUCUCAGUGGAACCAGACUCUCUCCUGCUCAGUGGUCAGCUCUGGUGUUUGUGUUACUGAACUCAGACCAGGAGCUGGAUGUGUUUAAUUUGAGUAAAUAUGACCGAUCAGAGGAAUGUCUUCUGAAGCUGCUGCCAGUGGUCAAAGACUCCAGAAGAGCUGAUCUGUGUGGGUGUGAUCUGACAGAGGAAAGCUGUAGAGUUCUGUCCUCAGUUCUCAGAUCAAACUCCUCCAGACUGAGAGAACUGAACCUGAGUGUCAAUAACCUGCAGGAUUCAGGAGUGAAGCUGCUCUCUGCUGGACUGGAGAAUCCACACUGUACACUGGAGAUACUGAGGCUUUGGGAGUGUGAUCUGACAGAGGAAAGCUGUAGAGUUCUGUCCUCAGUUCUCAGAUCAAACUCCUCCAGACUGAGAGAACUGAACCUGAGUUACAAUAACCUGCAGGAUUCAGGAGUGAAGCUGCUCUCUGCUGGACUGGAGAAUCCACACUGUACACUGGAGAAACUGAGUCUUCGUGUGUGUGAUCUGACAGAGGAAAGCUGUAGAGUUCUGUCCUCAGUUCUCAGAUCAAACUCCUCCAGACUGAGAGAACUGGACCUGAGUCACAAUAACCUGCAGGAUUCAGGAGUGAAGCUGCUCUCUGCUGGACUGGAGAAUCCACACUGUACCCUGGAGACACUGAGGAUGUGUGACUGCGGUAUUACAGAUGAAGGUUGUGCUGCCCUGGCUUCUGCUCUGAGGUCAAACUCCUCAUCACACCUGAGAGAACUGAAUCUGAACUGUAAUAAUCCAGGAGAAUCAGGAGUGAAGCUGCUCUCUGAUCUACUGAAGGAUCCACACUGUAACCUGGAGACACUACACAUUAAGGAUAAUACACUCACCAGGACUGGCGUAUGACAGGAGUCUCACCUCAAACCUCUUCUCCAGCAUAAAGCAGUCUUGGUGAAGAGUUAGAACCCGUCCCACAUUUCCAGCAGUUUGGGAGCUGAAUCAUUAAACUUAAAGGCGCAGAGCAGAAACAAAGUCAAGAACAGGCAGAAGGUCGUACACAGGAGAAAUCAACACACGUAACCAAAUAUCUGCUGUACAAAGCAACGGCACCGAUCUGCCCCGGGGAUGGAGACUGACGAGGCUUAAGUACACGUCAGGAAAUGUACAGCCAACUAAUCCCAAAGCACGAGGCGGGAGCAGGCGUGUACGAGAUGUGAUUGUCCAAUGGCAAGCUGGAACAUGACGCAUUACAGUGGACUGGGCUUAAAAGAGGAGGAGACAAGACACCCAUCCCUCCCCCGACAUAGACACACGAAUGGAACAUAGUACAAACAGAAAUACAACUGAGGACGUAACAAUGGUCUAGUAUCAAAUAAAAUGUAAACUUGCAUUGAUGAAGGUAAUGUUGUUAGUAAUUGUUUAUAAAUUACCAUGGUAACACAGAGCUCCAAGGUAUAAAAAUAUGGAGUUUGUCAUCAAUCAAACAGUAACCAGUUUUAAUACCUAAAAAAGUUUAUGUAGCAAAAUUUAGCAAAGCGCUUUACAGUAAAUUAAAAUGUAAAAUUAAUCUAAUGAAAUGUUGUGCAGCACAUGCUUAUGUUAAUGUUUGUUACAUUAUAUGAUCAUAUAAAUAAAUAAAUACUCCCAAAGUCACCAGAAUUGAAUGCUUUGGUGCUGUUAAACAUUUAGACAUUGAGUUUGUGGUGACUUAGUAGUUCACUCAGUAUAUCUGAGUAAGACACAGUGAACGACUCACUGCUGGCAUUCAUGAAGAAGUCAUAAAUACCACUGGAAUAAUAAAUAGGAUCUAAUAAAACCAUGAGUGGAAAUUAUUGGUGCAAGUUUGUUAGGAUAGACUUCCUCCAACCUGGAACUAUAUCCUCCAGUCCACGCGGUGGCGGUAACGCGCCUAACAGCUGCGUCUCCGACCAGUAGAAAUCACAGAAGAAGAAAAAGCUGCAGCGGGUAUCUCCUGAGCAGUUGAGUUAUUACACCGAACUAAUCAUUUCCAAAUUAAAUUAUUUCUGACAGUUUUACAGUUAGAUUUGAUCCAGUUUAAAAGUAAAAGCUGGUUAUUUUGUCUGUCUUUGAGGAAUUAAAACUCCGUUCUGUUUUUAAACCCGAGAUUCUUACUGAGGUGCUGUUUUCCACAUGCAGUGCUUGGCUGUGUUGGAGGCCACCAAGAAAGACUUCCUGGCUGUCAUGUGGAAGCUAAGUGGGCUGGGGUCAAGAGGAUUUCUGGCCAUGGUGCUUGUGCUGCAGUGAUCUUGUUCUCCAUCACACUCCAACACAGGUAGCCACCUUCACCCUCUCCCAAGAGGUGAUGUGGUUUGACUUGUGCUACACAGAGGUGAGUCCAGUUAUGCUGCAAGAAGUGUAAGUAUGAUGGGGUUGACGAGUGGGAGGAGAGGUUCUUCCUGUGCAAGGUGCUGCUCUCUCUUCUUUCAGCAUAGCUCCUGGUCUCAGAACAGGUUUAGUUCAUCGUUGCUGGUGUUGUGUAGAGGAUGUUAUAUUGUGAAAGUCACAACUAUCCCCGCUCAAGGUCUUGUGAAAUAUUUGACCUUAUUUGUGACUAUAUUCACCAUGAUACUUUCAGCGGUUACUACAUUAGUGUCCUUAAUUUUUUACUGUUUAAAGAUUGUUUAAAAGUUUAUUACAGGCUCAAUGAAUGUUCUUCUCCUUCACUAGAAGAUAAAGGCCCGGUUUCACAGACAGGGUUUACAUUAAGCCAGGAUUAGAUCUUCAAUAAAUUAGGACAUUUCAGUAGCUUUUAUAAACGUGUCUUUAGAAAAAAAUAUUUCUGGUGCACAUCCUGAGAUAAAACAAUGGCACUGACGUGUUUUAAGAUCCGUCCGUGCAAGUAGCUUUCAGUUAAAACAGCUCAAACAUACAUUUUAGUCGGGGACUAGGCUUAAGCCUUGUCUGUGAAACCAGGGGGAAAAAGAAGGGUGUGCUUUAUUAUGCUCUCUGCAGAAUAUGACAGAAGAAAUGUGACUCACACCUGUAACUAUAAAAAGCAGGUAGAACUGCAGUUAGCAUGAAACCUCAAAUGUGUAGCUGGGCUGGAAAUUUAUUUUUGUAUGCAUGUAUAAUAUUUUUUCUCUUACAGAUGGACCAGCAAACAGAUUUAAAGGCUGUUGUGAAUGAUGGGUUACAGAAAUGUCUUCCUGUGUUUAUUAUUAUUUGAAGUUAUAUAUUCUGAUUUGUAAGCAAGAUUAUGAAGUCUCCUUUUGCUAAUCAUUUUAGAGCAUUAUUAAAAAGUCCAUGUACACAAUGUU